AACCACUCUAAGGUAAUGUGAGCCUACACUGUUUUGAGUGGGAGCCAACAUGUUCGGUAACUCUUGGCAGAAAACGGAGUUAUGGUUCCUAAUGGCCGAUGGUACUUAGACAAGCUAGACUUUAUUUUUCACACAGUCCACAUAGGAAGUGACGAGAGCAAUGUAUCUUUACAAAUGGCGUCUGCGAGUGCCUAUGUGUGUGGAGGUACAACGAACGACGAGAACACUGCGGGGAAACGAAAACGAUCAGGAUUCGAAUGUGCUGUCAAUGAUUGUUCUCUUCGUCACUCGGAUGGGGUAAAAAUGCAUGGUUUCCCCAAAGACAGUAUCUACAAGAGCCAGUGGGUAAAUUUUGUUAGAACAUGCAGGGAGAACUUCGUUCCAACCACAUAUUCAAAAAUAUGUUCCAUGCAUUUCACGCCAGACUGCUAUCCAGCCACAUACGCAAUGCAGGAGAGUCUUGGCUUUAAAAUAAAAUUUAAACAGCUUAAACCUACAGCAGUCCCGACGAUUCAGAAGCAUGCACUAUCAAAACCUGGGAAAAAGUGGAAAAAAGACAUGACAAAAGGAACUUCGGACUCUGUAACAUUUUCUACACCAGUGCAACUUGCAUCUUUUGUCACGACACCUGUUACAGCAACAGCGAAGACAUCGUCGACCCAGUUGUGCACUUCAGCUUUGAAAACAACGGACAGCUUAAAAACACCACUAAUGUGUGUAAUGGAAGCAACCAGGUUAGGUUUGGGCGACCACAAUUUAAGAGGACCACGGGCAAAAAGAGAACGUAUGAGAAUAACUGGAGUUGUGCCUGACCAUCUGAUCAAUGGUCCUUUUUCUAUUGAUCAUGUUCCAAGUUUGAAUGUGGAUUUUCAAACAUCAUUCCUGAGAAGUGUAAACAAAAUACAAUCAGUAUGCAGCAAUUACUCAGAUUCAGAGAUACUUGGUUCAACGGAAUCCGCACAUAUAAAAAAUGUGCAGGAUACAAGUAGUGAAAUGACAGUGUGUAAAGUGUUAGUUGCAGUUGAUUUACCAUCAGCUUCAGGGAAAACUGCAAAAUAUCCACAGAUGACCAUGCCUUCUGUCAUCCUCCAACAAGAGUAAUAAAAUUUUUUUAUGGCACCAACCUUUCUAAAAACUCUUAGAAACUAAAGGAAAUCAUGACAAAAACUUGAAGCCAGCGCGUGAACAUAAGAAAAACAUGCACCAGUUCCCCCUGAAAGUGAAAGGACCGGUUAAAAGGGUUCCCAUCACUGAUGCUGGAUCUUCUAAAAUUGUCCCAAAACCAAUUAAAAUGAAAGGCAAUUCAGAGACUGGUAUGACAUCUGUGCCCUGCGAGCAAUCUUUGAUUGCUCCACAGCUAUACAGGGUAGUUGUGUUGGAUGAGUUGCUAAAAUCUUACACAUUAAUACCUCCUGCUGUUCCCAGCACAAGUUGCUCAGGACCGCUAAGAUUGCAUGAAAAGGGAAAUCAUUCAAGUGUUAAAAGACAGCACCAGACCUGGACUGCCACAAGUGACCAGCAUGCAGCAGAAUUUCUCUGUGAUGUUGAGGUGAAGCAGGAGGUUAGCAGUGAUCAGGAAGGAAGCCCUGUGCUCAGUUUACCGCUGGAGGAUUUGUGCUGUGAAGAAACAUGCAGUGGUAGAACAACCAUCGCAUUGUACUUCACAUCAAGGGGAGUGACUAUAAACGAAGCAUGCAGCCAUGAGAUAGCAUUACUGCAACCAAAGUGUCAACUGCAGAGCACUACGACUCUGAAAAAAGUGUUAUCAUCAUAUUUAAGUCGUCGGAACAGUGAAAAUCAAGACAAGCAUCACAUAAGCAUGAUAAAUCCUGCCUUCAUUAAAAAGGAGCCCGAAGGAUUUUGAGACAUUGUGGAAUGCUGGAACAUUGAUGGGUACUCAUAAUUCUGAAAGUAAAACAGGGACGGAGAUUAACAUGGCUGUAAGUGAAGAAUCACCUAGUGCUUACAAGUUAGAUUCUGCUUUUAUAAAGAAAGAAUCUGAAGAUUUUGAUUCCUCGUGGAAUACUCCAAGUGCGGCACAGACAAACAGCAGUAGCUAUGAAAAUAAAAUGGGGACCGAGAUUUAUCCAACAGGAGUAUACCGCAAUGUACACUUUUGCUCACCUCAUGACCGGUGAUCACCAGUGAUGCUACAAAAGACUUUCUCCUGUUGGUAGCUGUCCCAGACCAGGUUGCUGACUCCAUUUCUAAAUGCAGCUAUUGUGAGUGCAUGGUGAAGGGUGUCAGACCUUCUGGCCUUAUGACAUUGUGCCAUUAAGUACAUAAUAAAUUGAAAGAGAGUUGUCUCCUGAAAGAAAAAA